CCCGGCGGAGCCCGGGGAGCCGCUGCCGCCGCCCCCGCCGGUCGGCGGUGAUGCGCCCAUCCCUGCUCCCGGAGCUCCGCGCUCCCAAAGCCGCCGCUUCCAGCUAGAUCCAAGCCCGGCUAGCUGCCAUGGAAACGGGCAGCCCGGAGGAGCGGGACGGAGGGGACCAGCGGCGGCAGGAGGGCGGGGACGCCCCUCCCGACAGCGCCAAUGGCUCCGUGAUGGCAGCGGAGCCGCAGCAGCCGCCCCCCGGCAAGCUGAGGAAGACGGCCUUCAAACUGUUCGGGGGCAAGCGCAGCAUCUGCACCCUGCCCAGCUUCUUCGGCGGCCGCGGCAAGAAGGGGCUCAGCAAGUGCAAGACCCACGAUGGGCUGAGCAGCGCUGCCUGUGACAAGGGCGGGGGCGCACGGCCGGACAGCCCCUCAGAGAGCAGCAGGGAUGGGCAGCACGGAGCCCUGCCCAGCUCCCGCAGCGCCCAGCUGCCCACCGACACCAGCACCAGGGGGGAUGGGGGCCAGCAGGACAGCUCUCCCCCCGGGAGCAUGGAGGGCUGUGACAAAAAGCCCAGCGGGGAGAAAUCCUCUUUCCCCAGACCCAAAAAAGGGCUGAAAGGGUUUUUUAACAGCAUCCGGCGGCACAGGAAGAGCAAGGCUGCCGAGAGUGAGAAGGCAGAGCUCCCGGAGUGGAGCGGGGACACGGAGGAGGCCGGGAAUGCUCCUGCAGUGGGAGCAGAGAGCCAAGGGGCUGUGGAGGGCAGGGGAGCAGGGCCAGACCCUGAGGCCACGGCCUGCCCGGGGGGUGACUCCAGCUGCGGUGAGGCCACUGAGCCCAUGGGUGCCGUGGCUGAUGGAGGCAGCUCCGAGGGUGACACGAUGGCCGUGCCUGGGAACGAGGACGUUCCGGAUGUAAAACCAGAGGCUGAGGCCGCUGCCUGCGCCGAGUUUGACCGCGAGAGUUUGCUGCUGGCCUUCCACCCUGACUUCAUGGACAACGAGCCUCCCUGCCUGCACUCCGGGGACCUGCUGAGCCUCAUGCUGGGGGAUGUCACCUCCCUGAAGAGCUUUGACUCCCUGACAGGAUGCGGGGACGACAUCGCCGAGCCCGACAUCGCCGAGAGCAGCAUCUCGGUGGAGCGCAGCCGCGACGCCGCCAAACGCAGCUCCUGCCUCGUCACCUACCAGGGCGGUGGUGAGGAGAUGGCCAUCCCUGAGGAGGCUGAGGACUACCUGCACCAGGUGUGGGACAGCAGCGUGCCAGGGGACAGCAGCUACGGGGCUCAGGUGUCCAGCAGCAGCCUGGAGACGCACGCCUCGCACGAGGCCGACGCCCACCCCUACAUGGGGGAUGCCAUGGAUGGUGUUGACCUCCUGACGCCCCAGAGUGACCAGCAGGAGUCUGCCCCGAACAGUGACGAGGGCUAUUAUGACUCCACCACUCCAGGGCCGGACGAUGAGGCUGGAGAGGAGCUCAAGAAGGACAGGCUGCCCCGGGACAGCUACAGUGGCGAUGCACUUUACGAGUUUGACGCCCUGAUGAGCCCCUCGCACGGGGAGGAAUCCCUGUUCGACGGCAAAGUCCCACGCCAGGGCAUCUUCAGCUACUUCAUGGACUUCUGCCUCCCUGCAGAGAAGAGCCUGAUCCAGCAGAUGAUGGAUCAGAAAAGAGGGCUGAUGGAAACUGAGGAAGAGGGGCUUUCAGCCAUUCAGAAAGAGCUGCUGUACUGGGAGCUGCAGAGGGAGCCCAUCCUGAAACGCCUGGAUAUCCCCAGCAAGGAGAAGUGUCCCCGGGAAAAGCAAUGCGUUGAAUGUAAAAGCAGAGCAGCCAGCUCCACUGGCAAGGGUCAGAGUGGCCUUGGGAGUGAGCAGGUGGCCUCACACACCCCGAGCCGGGCUGUCAACGGUGGGGUUGCAGUGGCCAGGGCUGAAAAUUCAGAGUGGAGGGAUUUCCCGGGGCCUCUGUGUCCUGAAAACUGUUACAACAGCCAGAAAGGCCCCGGGAAUUGCCUUAUUCAGCUCACAAAGAACACGCCGGGGUUCGAUGCAGACCUGGACUGUGGGAUGUUUGGGGACUCCAUCCACGGCAGCGUGGCCCCAGCCAAGGCAGGGAUGUUCCCUGGGUUCAGGCUCCCGGAGCAGGAGCACGGUGGAGCAGAGCCCGGCCCUGGUGAGCCUCAGGUGGGCAGCGAGCCCGAGCACGCCGUGAGCUUCUCACAGGCUCUGGUGGAGUUCGCCAGCAGCGGGACCCUCUUCUCCAGCCUCUCCGAGAGCCUGGGGAGCUCCGCCUCCAGCUCGUCAUUCACCCAGAACCUCCCGGUGCUCCCCACCAUGGUCACCUUCGACGUGGUGGACGUGGAGCAGGACGGAGAGGGGGAGUGCGAGCAGCACCCGGAGCUGACGGCGGGCGAGGACAUCGCCGAGGCCUUCGAUGAUGGCUACGGACAGAAAGAGUCCUUGGCUGAAUGUGACGAGAGAAUGUCCCCGGGCUUCUCCCCGGGCUCCUUCCAGAGCUGCAACUGGGGUGUGGCCAGCCUGCCCCGGCACCUGCGCCUGCACGGCCUGAGCCCCUCCAUGCCCGCGCCGCUCUCCGUGGACCGGAGGAGUCGCUCGCUGGACACCGAGAGCCUGGAGUUCGAGCUGGCCGAGCCGCAGGGCCCCCAGCCCUGCCGCCUCUGGGCCAGGCGUGAGGCUGCCAGGAAAGACUCUGGCGGAGCCAGGAGGAGCAGGAGCAAGGAGGAGGGCGAGCUGCUGGCUCCCGAGGGCGGCUUGAGCUGGCAGCUCCAGCACGGCACCGACACCGCUCCCGGCGGGGUGGAGCUCUGGGGCUUCGCUCCGGCCGGAGCCGUGGAGAGCGUCUGGGAGCCUUCAGAGCCACCAGACAGCGCGUCCCCUUUCCUGCCCCUCUCCCGGGGUGGCAUCGGGGAGGCUGCGGAGAGGCGGCCCCAAGAGGCAGAGCUGAGCCGGCUCCCGCUCCGCCCCUCCAACCUCCCCCUGCAGCCCGAGGCCCGGCGGGCCGGCUCCUACCGCUACCACGGGGAUGUCCCCAAGCUGUCGCGUUUGUUACCCCUGGGAGAAGCGGGGCUGCCCUCGAGCUUUGGCUUCGCCUGCUCCCCGGAGCACCGUGCCAAGGGCAAACCCGUGGGCAUCGCCCAGGGCGUGCCACAGCACCCUGGGGACAGCGCUGGGGACACCGAGAGCCCCGAGCCCCUCAAGGGCAGGGCCACCCCCGGGCACGGCGGCUGCCGUGGCACCGUGUGCAGUGUCACCGACGCUGAGUAGUGCAGCAAUGUCACAGUGUCACCGUGUCACCAAGCCGUGGGGCUGCAGGAAUGUCACCGUGUCACCGAGGCUGAGAAUCUGCAGGAAUGUCACAUGUCACCCAGCCCAGGGGCUGCAGGAAUGUCAUCCAGGCUGAGCAUCUGCAAGAAUGUCACUGUGUCACCAAGUGAAGGGGAUGCAGGAAUGUCACCCAGGCUGAGUAUCUGCAAGAAUGUCACUGUGUCACCAAGCCAAGGGGAUGCAGGAAUGUCACCAUGUCACCAUGCUGAGUCUGCUCUGGGCAGCAAAAGGGGCAAAGGGAAGGAGAAAAGCAGGAGCAGUUUGAGGGGGGACUUGAGUUAGAGCUGGGCUGAUGCUCCUCUCCUGCAGCCAUCCAUGGCCUUGCCCCUGUGGCUGCUCCAGUGGGGGUUUGGAGCUGCCUCCAGGAUUCCUUCAUCACCACUGAGGCACUUUGUGGUUUUCCAGCCCUCUCCAACACCGAGUGCAGCAGCAGAAGCUGGGGAUGGACCUGGUGCUGGUGUGGCAGCUUGGGCUUUGUGCAGGACUGGGGCUGGGGGAACAGACUUUUGAGGGAAAUGGGGCUGUUUUCCUCUUCUAGGUGAAAUGUUUUGGUUCAGACUCACUUUGAAUGUCUUCCACCCUGGGCUCAGUGUGGGGAGCUGGGAGGAAGGGAGCUGCUCCUUCCACAACGGGGAAGAGGCAGCUGGAAAGGGGAACUUUGCAGCAGCGUUUUUAUUUAUUUGAUUUGUCCUUGCCCCCAAAGCAAAGCAGGAGCUUUUGUGUGCGUGCUGAUAACGUCCUCCAGGUUUAGUUUCAGUUUGCUCAGAGAGAUGUGCUGUCCAUGGUGUCCCUUUGAAGAACAAAGUGUUGGUCCCUUCUUUGUUGUGGUCUUUUUCACGGUGCAGAAUUCCUGGUGGAAACCUUUCCCGUGCUUUGUCCCAGGCUCCUGGCCUCUCCAGGGCCAUGGGGACAGGGGUGAGGCCUUUGAAAUAAGCUAAAUUUGCAUCGUGCCUGUAGCUGUGAAGUGGCAGAUGCUCUUACUUUCUCAAAAGGAAGCUUUGUGGCUUUUUAAUUUAAUUUUAUUCUUUUUUUAUGGUUGUUUUCUUUGCAUAAACCCACAGGAGGAAAGUUUUGUGUUCCUUGGAAUUUGGGAUGGACCACAGCUACAUUGGGCUUCACUCCUCCUGACUGGAGGGAACAAAAAAGCUGGAAGCUGCUGGAGGUUUGGGAUUUUUUGCCUUUUUGAAGGAAUGUGGAAGAGGGACACAGGCUGAGGGGACAGAUUUUUGUUUGGGGUGUCCUGUGAGCUCUGUUGAAGGCUCCUGGUCCCCUCUGUGAUCCCAAACCCCCUCAGCUCUGAUCCAAACCCCAAUCCAUGACACAAAGCUGCUUCCCUGUCCUGUCCAAGCUCUGUGUUCUGAUUUAAUUCCAUUCCCAGUGAUUUUUGUUUCCCCCCACCUCAUUGCCCUUUCUCUAUUUUUCUUUGCAGCAGAGUUUGUAGCAUUCAAAAAAUAAUCCCAAAGUGGAAAUAAGCGGAGUUUUACCACAUUUGUGGAGUGAGGGAUGGCUCUGCCUGGGCCAGACUCGAUUUUCCUGCUGAGUCCUGCCCUGCUGGGUCACCCUCCUGCUGCUCUCCUGCUCCACAUGGAUGUGGCUGCCUGCCAUCCCUGCAUUUCCAGGCACAAGGAGCUGGUUUUGGGUUUGAUGGGGUUUUUCCCCCAAGCAAAAUGAGAUUUUGAUAUUCCUUUUGAGAAGAGAUUCCUUCUGCCCUGCCCUUGGAUAUCUGGGAAGGAGCAGGGAGAGGCAGGGCCAGGCUCCGUUCAGCCUCUCUGUGUGAUGUGAUCAGAGCAGCUCCAUCUGUGUGUCCACGGGCUCAAAUAUGAAUUUUUCAAUAUUUUCCUGGCAGCCCUGCUGCAGGGAGUUCCAUAGGAACCUGCUGUGCCAUUCUCCCUCAUCCCUCUGGGACAGCAGAGAGGAUUUCCUGGGACACACCUGGGACUGCCACACCCAGGGAGGAGGAGUGGUGAGCCAGGGCAAGGUAGGAGAACACUGGGAGGUUUUCUCCCCUCAUUAGCACAGCUGCUAAUUUGGAUAUCCCUCCCUGGGCAGCUCUGUGCCCAUCUCACCCCACUGCCAGCACACAAACCACGGGCACACCCUGCUGGGGACACCACAGGGACAUUGUCACCUCCUCACACCCCUGGCUGGGUUCAGUCCCUGUUUUAUUUCCUUUCUCACCAAAGGCUUCUGGGGGGUUCCAGGAGCUUUGUUCAGCCAAAGUCCUGCUGAGGGCUGGGAAUGUCUGGGGGCUAAAUGAAUGUUCCAAGGUGUCUGUAGGAUCCUGGGCUUGGGUGCAGCUUAGGUGGGGAGGUUCAGGGGGAGCAAUGCAGCCAAGGCUUGAGAAUCUGACUUUAUACCAAAGGUUUCUCCUCUUAAUUUGAUGGGAAUUCAAUGAGGCAAAUAUCUCUGGAAUUCAAAUGAGUUUUCCUAAUGCAGUUCAUUGGAUUAUUGGCAGAUUCUGCCCCAUUAACCCAAAGAAAUGGGAAUUUGCAGUGCAGUAAUUCAGCCUGUAAAUGAUCUCUGCAGUAGGGAUUGGAUUUCACUGCCUGCUGAGCCACUCUUCCCAAAAACCCACUCGGGAUCCAUGGGAACAAAGCUGGGCUGGAGUGGCUCAGUCCAACACUGCCUUACCUGAGGAGCUCACAUGGGGGUGCUCACUGAAAAGGGCUUCCCAAGCAGAAACCAGUCAGAAAUAACAGAAUGUCCUGCCAAAAUACUGAGGGAAAACUCGAGGAAUUCGCCUGUCCCUUGCAGGGAAGGUGUUGCCUGAAGUGAGGGAUGGGGCUGUGAAGUUGUGAUGGAACCACUGCCCUUGGGGUCAGCACCAAGAGGUUCUGUGUUGCAUUCUGGGGACUUGGGGCUUUUCUUUGCUUUGUUUGUUUUUAUACACAUAAGAAAACGGUCGAUUUUUCUCUAUUUUUGUAUAGUUUUGCAUUUUAUAAUCACGGGGAAAUUUUACAGAUUGUUCUUUUACUCGUGUGUCUUGUCUUUCCACGUGGUGUGGUUUGCUUUUCCCAUGGAGAAAAGACCAUUCCUGCUGCCUGGAUCCCACCCUGCUCUCUGGGAAUGUGCUGGGGCCUCUUCCCAGCCCCCCAGCUCCUCACCAACACACUUUGCACACACCUGAGACAUCCUUAACCCUCCUCUGUCACACCCAGCUGUCCCUCCUUUGCUUUUCAGUGUUGUUUUUAAUCUCAAUUUGUGGAUUUGUCCCUCCAAGUGUUGUAAAAAGCCCACAGGUUUCAGCUGAGGCUUUCCCUGCUGUCUGCUGAUGUUAUUUGAUCUAAAACUGGGGCUUUUCUUCAAUCCCUGUGCAGGAGAUGCUGUUGGCUGGUGGAUGGAGAUGCUCUUGGACAGGUUUCCUCUCCCCUUGGUUGGGUUGGGAGCUGAGAUUUCACCUUGGUGCCUGAGGAUUGCUCCUUAAAUAAUCCUGGGAUGAGCAGAACUCCUCAUCUCCUCUUCCUCCUCCUCCUCCCUGCUCCAGGGAGCUCCAGCCCUGUGCUCUGCAUCACCAGAACAUCUCCCUGCAAUGGCACUGCCUUGAACUUGGGGAUCAGAGGAGAGCAAAGCUUCUGGAAUGUUAAAAUCCAGCCCAAAGCAGAUUUCCCCCAGCAGAGGUGGCAAUUCUCACUGAUUUGGCUCUGCAUAGAUUUUUUUUUUUGUCUUUUAAUUAUUAACUUGUCACCUGAUGGUGCUUUUAAAAGUUUUUCUGCAUUGGGUUUGCCCCAUUCCCCACAAGGAUGGACAGGAAGGUUUCUCACUGAACAUUCCUGGGGCACUCAGACCCACCUUUCACAUUCCCUGUGCCCUGCAAUUCUGGGCUCCCUCCUCUCCAGUCUGAGUGACCCCAAAGCUCCAUUUGGGUGAAGGGAGAAAUAUAAAUCCCAAAAAGCCUCUCAGUUGUAAGGAAAUAAGGAGUUGUCCUUUGCUGCCCCAUCCUGCUGCCAGGAUUUGAAUUUGGGGUUUGUUUUUUUGUUUUGUUUUGGUUUUUUUUCUUUUUUUUUUUGUUUCCUUCCUGGUCUCAUUGCUACUAGUCCUUUCAAGUUUUUAAUGUAUUGAUUGUGUUUUAAAAUGAAUGUUCCUUUCACUGAAUUCUAAUGAAUAAACUGCAGAUUUUUAGAGAA